UAGUAUAAUGACGACCGUGCUUGAGGAGUGUAGUACCGAAGAGCAGUGUUCUGUUAUGCAUUUUGUUUGUAGGCAAAAGGACUCAGUACAAAGGUUUUGGAACAGCUCAGUUUUCAAGGACCGAAAUCUCGAGUCACAUUUCUUCUGCCUGACUGAAUGCAUCUUCCAAUUGAUGCAGCGGGUGCUAUUUGGAAGUGAUUGUCGCGCAAAGCGGUUCAGCCUUUGUGGCAAACGUUUCGUUGACGACGAAGGGGUUGAAACGGAGGGCUGGAAGUGGCUGAGAAAACAGCCACGGGUUUCGACGCAUUGGUAAGGCGAUGGGACAAGUGUAUGGAUGUUGAUAGAGAAAUGAAUGUUCCUUCCAGGUUGGAAUAUCACACGUUUCACGUCUUGUAGCCAUACGUGACCUAUUUACUGACAUUACAUUGUACUUACGAGGCACAAAGAAGGAAGGCCAUAGAUUUUAUUUCCUUUACUUUAAUAGUGUUGUACGGGGGCAGUUAGGUGCUUUCGAAACAUCCCCCUCCCCCCAGCAGAGAUGCUGCUGAAAACAGUGGAUUACAUCAUAAAAAAGUCAAAAUGCUCUAAUUUAAAACUGUUAACAAGUGAAAUGUUGCUUCUUCGGGUAGUGUCGAAAUCUCUGACUAUAAGUCUCCAUUCCAGUUGGGCAUACUCAUUAGCAGGCUCCUAUUGGUGGUACUGACUGUCAUCAAUCAUGUCUGGACAGCACUGUGUGCUUUUUAAUAUACAGAGAAAUAAAAAAACAUUCCACGGGCUGUUUAUCAACUUCACCUCAUCACAAGUCAUAACAGAGAGGCGUGAAUCUGAAUGAAAUUCAGACAUCUGCUAUGUAAUCAUUAUGAAAAACUGUCCAUAAUACAAAAUUUGCAUAAUGAAUAACCAUGAGAAAUAAGCACAUAAAUGCGUGUUGUUCUCAGACCCUACAUUAAUUUUUAGAAAUAUGAAAUGUACAUAUCGCAUAACCUGAACUACAGCAAUGGGUUGUGGUGUCUCCACUCAGUUCCCCGGAGGCUACGGUAAAGCAUUCUGCGACCAGGACAAGUAGUAGCAAUGAUAAUUCAGCAGCGAUGACACCUUGUCCAAUCACUGCCUCAAGUCAGUGUUGACUACUCAUCAGCAUUCUGCACUCUACGAGCAUACACUGCCACUUACUAUGCAUAAUACUAACAACAAAUAUGGUGUUUGCAGAAGCAGAACUGUAUAUAAACAGCAAAUUGUAAUGUAAUAUUGUUCAGUGCUACGCGUCAAUAUAACCUUCAGAGAGUACCAGGCAGAACGAGAUGCUUGGCAACAAGGAAGAAAAUCAUCUCACGCGCUAUAAGUAAUUAGAGUUCACAAACCGAUAUGGCAGAUCAACUCAUUGCAGAAACCCAAUGAUGUCAUAAAAUCAUACGGACAAAGAC